AUCGUGCGUAAUGAACUGAGAGUAUGAAAAAAUCAAUUAUACACUAAAAAUUUAUUAUAUAUCGAAUAGAGAAUGCAAUUGUGAUCUACGUCAAUGCAUCUGUUAUACUUGAUGUUGCUGACGUAUUAGAUAAAGUUUAGAUUUGACAACACUGGAUAUAGUACAAAUGUUAUCGCAAAUUCUGAAACAGUGUCAGUUGAGUAUGAGUCAAUAGAAGAACUAUAUGCUUCACUGAGUGUGUACGCAUCGACGUACUAAUAACGCACUUUAUCUCAGUAGUUUUUUGACAGUUUGUCCUUCUUUACAAGUUUUACAUAUAUCAACGUUUAUUCUUGGUUUACAAGUGUUAAUCAAAAACAUACAAAAUGUCUUUCUAUCCGACUCUGGAAGAUAUGAAGGUGGAUCAUAUGAUGAAAGCUCAAAUGCAAGAGGAGUCUCAAUAUAUUACUCCGCCAUCAAUUGAACCUAUGGCACCUUCUGCUCCUGUUUUUGAUUCUUCUCCAUCUGGCCCUAUAUAUCCUUCUUUAGGAAAUUAUAUGGGUUUGGAGUUAAGCAAUGAAAUAAUUUCAAACAAUUUACCUGAACAAACUGUUUCUACAAACAAUAGGACAGGAAUACUUGCAGAAACAUCCAGAAUAUCAUCUGGUAUGAUAGCACCACUUUCUGGACAAUCUUUGGGUCUGCAACGAGCACAAGUUACAAAUGGGAUUAGAGAGCUAACAUUAUGCAAAGAUAAAGAUAGAAAAGUAGGCCUAAGAGUGCAUUCAGUAAAUAAUGGUAUCUUUGUAUGUCUUGUAAGUCAAGAUUCUCCAGCUGCACUUGCAGGAUUGCGUUUUGGUGAUCAAAUUUUAAGUAUUAAUGAUGAAUGUAUAGCUGGUUAUACAAUGGACCAAGUGCACAAACUGUUUCGUAAUGCUGAUGUUAAUGGUAUUAAAGUUGUUGUGCGUGAUAGACCAUUUGAACGUACUGUAACUAUGCAUAAAGAUAGUUCUGGCAGUAUGGGAUUUCAAUUUAAAAAUGGAAAAAUAAUUGCAUUAGUAAGAGAUUCUUCAGCUGCACGAAAUGGAUUAUUAAUUGAUCACCAGAUACUAGAAAUUAAUGGCAAGAAUGUGGUUGGGUUGAAGGACAAACAAAUUACAACAGAAAUAGAUAAUGGUGGAUAUGUUAUUACAGUUACUGUAAUUCCAUCAUAUAUUUAUGACCACAUGGUUAAAAAGAUGUCAACCAGUUUAUUAAAAACAUUAAUGGAUCAUUCUGUGCCAAUUGUAUAAAGAAUUACAACCUACAAAUUAAAAAAUCUACUCUUUGGUUACAUUCUAUAUUUUAUAAUGAGAAACUACAUAUAUCAAGAUAAUCUUAAUAUUGUCAUAACAUUUAUGAUAAGUAUUCUAUAAAUAUUCCACUAUUGCACAAAAUGUUAUUACACAGUACUGAUGCAGCACACAUAACAUAUUAAUUCUUAUUAGUAUAUGUAUAUGUUGAGUGAUUUUUAGAUAUAAAAGAAAAAAAUAAGCAAGAUAUUAACAACGCACAUAAAAAUUUUUAAUUUCAAUAUUUUUACAUCAUGUGAUAAUAGCACUUUCAUUUAAUAUGUAUACAUAAUGUAAGAAGGUAUUUUUUAUUUGUAUUUUGUUCCGUAACUGUUGAAUACUUUGAUUAUUUUAUUAUAUAUUUAUUGUUUAUGUACUGUUUAAAACAUAAAAGAUACAAUAGCAAUAAAGAUUGCUAUACACAUUUAUAUUUUAAAAUUAGAUGGUAUAUAAUGCUGCAUUCAUUUAUGUUUAUCAAUGAUAUUUUUCAUUAAAAGACUGUUAUUUUAUAGAGACAACAAUAGAAGAAAAAGUCAAAUAUUUAAUAAAAACAACAAUUUAAAUUGGCUUAGUGCUUAAUAUAGUUAGAUAUGAACUAUAUAUAGAAAAUUGCUCAUGUUAUUCUAUUAUUGUUGCAUGAGAGAACUUAAAUACCCAUAUGUCUAUAGAUCCAAUGUCUAUAUGAUAUACAUAUUUUUUUACAAUACUCUUCUUUAUUGCCAAUGUUAGUAUGGUGUUAUUUCUAUUAUACAUAAAUUUGUUAAAUAUACAGUCUAUAUCUUAUGUAGAAAAAUGUCAUAUAUACAGUAUAUUAGCAUAUUGUUAUUCCCUUUUGUGCCACAUUUUAUAAUAGAAUUUCACUAUUUAGUUACGUAUAUAAAAAUAAAAAUAUGUAAACAUUGUAAAUGUUAAGACAAAAAGUAAUAAAUUAAAUGAUCAAUUA